UCUAUGUGUUUUUUGCUACCUACUAGUCUAAUAAAUAUCUCAGAAAUAUUAUAAUUCGCGUAAAGAUUUCUACGGUUUAGCAGUAACUUGGGCGCAACAGUUGCCGAUUUCCAUAUAAACUUGCCCUAAAGGUGAGUCUGGCGUUUGAAUUAUUUCGUGUGCGUCAGCAGUGACUAAAACGGGGUAAUAUAUGACCGUCGUUUCCUACAAAGUUGGUACACUUGGCUGCGUCACCGAAAGGUGUGCUUUUUUGAAUGAACACAUUGUAGGAAAACUGGUCAAAAUCAGCAAAGUUCAGUGUGAGAGUCUGACAUGUUUCGAUAAGAGCAUCAAAGAGGAAAAAAUCAGGCUGGCGGGCACAGAACUCACCGUUGAAAGUGGAGGCGACAAAAGCUGCCUCACCACUUACAUAUUCAACCCCGUUGACACUUGCACGGGCUCUCCCAGUCCCGAAAAAUUCCCACUGAAGACUCCCGACCAGCAGCGGGAUGAUGUCAUCAACACGGAGACCCACAUGCACCCAAACUUCCUCUACGGAAAAAUCCUCCACGACGGCCGGCCUAACUUUCUAACCGAAUAUGAGCUGAGCUACAAAAACUGCAAUUUUGGGGUGGCUGACCACGGCAAGUGCUGCGUGGGGGGCCAUUUCGGGAGAGACUUGAGUUUUGGACACUUGUACACUAUCAGCAAGAGCGACAAGGAGGAGAGGACGUACGAUGAGCCCUACACGGGGGACUUGCCGCGGAGGUCCUGGCUGUGCUGUCCAGGCUCGCAGCAUCAUGUGGAAUGCGAGCAACCGCCCCCUUUGCAAACCAACAAGUCACCGUCCAGCCCUUGCGAAGCGAUUACAAAAGCGCCCAGCCACAAUCUGUGUCCUGGAAAUUGCGAGAGACUCCAGCAGCAAUUGGACGAACAAGCACAGCGAUACGAAGAACAGCUGACAGAGCUGCACUCGGUUAUAGCUGAAUUGACGCGCAAAUUGCACCAACAGAGAACUAUGGCAAUUGCAGAAGAAGACGAAGUGUCAGAAUCUUGUGCAAGCGCCCAUGACGAUUCCGUGACGUGUCCUUUGGAAGUAAGCGAAUUAGAACCGUUAGAAAACGAGUUGUCCGACUUGGACAAUAAAGUAGUAUUGUCCGAAAGUCCAUUAGAACUCCCCGAGCCGAAACUAAGCUCGUCGCAUCACGAGAACAACGAACUUUCACCAUACUCAGAAAUCGUAGAUCCAUUAAAACAGGAAAUAAUGCAUCUCAGGGCCCAACUGCAAGAAGCCAACGCCAAACUGUUACAGAUCUCCUCGACACAGAAGAAUUACGAAAUCGCCGAAGAAGAAACUCUGACCGAUAGCAAAGUUCUGGAAUCGCCGGAAUCUCAUAUUGAAGUUGACUGCGACCCGAAAUUGUAUUCCGAUGAUAAAGUCGACAUAAAAUACAGCAAUAUUGUUCCUAUUCAUCGAGCCAACGUCAAAAAUAACACCGCCUUCUCAACUGCUCCGGUCACUAAAGUUGCAGAGAGGAUCAAGUUGAAACGGGCCGCCGAUGGCCACAGAGACGUUAAUCCUAAUGAUCUGGUUAACAGUGAUCUGCCGACAGCUGUCGCAGAGCACAUUGUUGGCGAUAUUUUAAGACAGUGCGAUGUACAAACCGAAAAACAAGCAAUUGAUAUCGAACUAAGGCGCUUAAAUGCCAAACUCGAACAUGCCAGGGCGCAAAACUCCGUCCUGGCCAUCACCUUGACCGAAACUAAAGCCCAUUGCGACAGAUUGGCCUUACUUUGCGGAAAAUAUGAAUCCAACGCAAUAGCUUUACGCCUGGCCUUGGGAAUCACCGAUCGUGCAAUAGAAGCCUACGACGUCCUUUUAGCUUUACUAGAGACUGAAUUAUCGUUAGACGAAAACGAUUCAACGUCUGUUGAAAAUAGAUCAGCCGCCGAAACCGUCGCUAAACAGCUCCUAACUCAUUUGGAUUCAUAUCAAAACACCGACGUUCUGUUAUCUCCGUGGCAAAACCACGUUUACUCUAGUCCAGUAUCGGAAAAUGAGGACCCCUGGAGUUCGGAACAUGAAACUAGACUAAGAGAGCACGUUUCGAGGCUUAAAGCCGAAAGAAGCAAUAUUCAAGGAACUUACGUGACUUUGGAGUCCACUCAAGUGGAAAAUGUACCUGUCAGACCAUCAAGUAGUCAAGAAGCGAGAAAAAUGGAUUUGGAAAUGGCUGUUUUGAUGCAGGAGCUAAUGGGACUCAGGGAAGACAAAGCCGAACUUAUAUCGAAGCUAUUUAUGUUAGAAAAAGACAAAAGUGCCAUAGAGUUAAAGUUGAAGUACGUCGAAGGGCAGCAGAAAGCCCAAGCGGCGGCGCUUAAAAACCUCCAAGGACAGCUGAAAGACACGGAAGCUUUAUUGGCCUUAGCGACACAGAAUAAAGAGAGGGGUUAUUCGGAUGCAGAGCAUGCUCAAGGUGUUGAACUCGAGCUAAUGCAAGCGCUGGCAAGAGAGGCAAGACUGAAAGUUCGCUUACAAGAACUUGUCACGACUUUGGAACAAGUGACAAAAAAUGCCGAAGCGAGACUAUUGGAAGGGAGAGAGAUCGUGCACGAUCUGAAUCACACAAAUAGUAUUUUAGCCGAAACUGUAGAUAGAAACAAUAAGAAGUAUCAAUCCAAGUUUAAGAAAAUGGAGCAUCAGAUGUUAGCAAUGGUAGAAAAGCACAACCUUCAAGUCCAGAAUCUCCAACAGAGAAUAGCCACCCUUGAAACUCCCCCCACCAAUAGUUCAGACAACUCUAUCAAUUCUGUAGCUGUGUAGUAAAGUGUGUUUUAAAUGAAA